AUGCGCUGCAGCGUUUGUGGUUGGAUUGGCGCAUUUCUCUGCUGUGUCCUCUGCUCUGGAAUCGUCUGUUUCGUGAUCUUCGGAGGCACCAUCUUUGUCACAUUCUUCGCUCUCUUCACUGCUAUCAACCAUUGCGAAGGACCCGACCUUGUCGCUGCUCAAAAGUGUGCUCCAAUGGUUGCCGAUUUGGUAAAUGCCACGUUGCGCUUUGAGCCAAGAUUCGAUGACCAAGAAUCGGACCACAUGCAAAAGAUGGUCGAGCAGUGUGGAGAGACUACGCGUUGCAUCAAAGAUGUCAAGUGCCUCAGCUACCGUAUUGAAUUCAUUCGUACCGGCAAAUUGUGCGACGUUUUUGCAUUCAUCAAGGACGAGUUCGGACAAUGCGCACUGAAACUCAAAAAGAAAGCAACUGAAGGAAAUGUGGAAUGUCUGAACUUCUUGUUCCAAAAAGAGGCAAAAUGUGAAGGAUGGAUGGAGAACCAGAAGUGUAUUGAUAAGGAAAUUGAAGAGCAAUGUGGAUACGCAAUGCUGAAACGAUUCGGAGAGAUAUCCAAAGACUUCGUACUGGGAAACUGCAAAAGAAUCGAGAACGCUACAGGCGCCCCCACCAUCACUUCAAGAUAA